AUGCGGUGGUGCCUUGCGUUGCUCAUUUGCUGCUUUUUGGCCGUGGUAAAUGCGCUCAGUAGCUCCGGCAGCCGUCUGCUGGCAGUGCUGGAAGAUACAGAUCAGAAAGACCUUUACUCCACGCUGUGGGCAGAUCUUGAAGCUCGCGGAUACGAUGUCUCGGUCGAAUCUCCCAAAAGUGACCAGCUUGCUCUGUUCAAGCAUGGCGAAAGAGCUUACGACCACCUUCUGAUCCUUCCUCCCAAGUCCAAAGGUCUUGGCCCCUCUUUGACCCCCAAGCAUAUCAUCGAUUUCAUGAACAAGGAUGGCAACAUUCUCCUCGCCCUCUCAGGAAAGGCGUCCACAUCAAGCGCCGUUAGCUCCCUUCUUCUUGAACUCGACAUCCACCUCGCGAACGACCGCUCCGCAGUUGUUGUCGAUCACUUCAACUACGACACCCUCUCAGCCGCUGAGAAGCAUGACGUCCUUGUUCUCCAGCGCCCUGGACCCCUCCGACCUGAUGUCAAGGCAUUCUUUGAUGGUGAGGGUGUUCUCGCCCUCCCCCGAGUUGCUCCCCAGACUCUCGGCAGUGACAGCGCCCUUCUCGCCCCGAUCCUUGCAGCCCCCGCUACCGCCUACAGCUACAACCCCAAGGAGGGCGGCAUACCCGCACCUGAGGACAUUCUGGUUACCGGCUCGCAGCUGAACAUUGUGUCUGCUAUGCAGGCACGCAACUCUGCCCGCUUUACCGUUCUCGGCUCUGUGGAGUCGCUGGAGGACAAGUGGUUCUCGGCCUCUGUCCAGACCCCCGGCGGCAAGAAGUCCUCCACCGUCAACCGCGAGUUCGCUAAGCAGUUGACCGCUUGGGCCUUCAAGGAAACUGGUGUCCUCAAGGUUGACAAGGUCGAGCACCGCCUGGCUACCGAGGGCGCAGAACUCAACCCCUCCAUUUACCGGAUCAAGAACGAGACUGUCUACAAGAUUGAGGUUUCCGAGUACGUUUACGACAAGUGGGUUCCAUUUGAAGUUCCCGUCGGAGACGAGCUCCAACUCGAGUUCACCAUGCUUUCCCCCUUCCAUCGCCUGGCCCUCAAGCCCGUCGGACGCACAGAUACUAGCACCGUGUUCAGCACUCAGUUUGUGACUCCUGAUCAGCACGGCAUCUUCUCCUUCCGCGUAAACUAUAAGCGGCCUUUCUUCACCGCCAUCGAGGAGAAGCAUGAAGUUACCGUCCGCCACUUCGCUCAUGACGAGUACCCACGCAGUUGGGCGAUCACUGGUGGCUGGGUUUGGAUUGCCGGUCUCUGGUCGGUGAUUGGAGGAUUCUUGGCUUUCGUCGUCGUCUGGCUCUACUCUGCCCCUGUGACAGACAAGCUUAAGAAGACUCAGUAG